UUCCAUCAUAGGGGCAGUGGGGUUGUUUUGUUCCUUUUUUCUGCUAACCUCAAGUCUACUACUCAACAGGACAAUCUCCAAGGAAAAUGAACCCCUUGCUGGGCCUGGGCCUACUUUUGGCUGGCCUUCUCACUGUGGAAGGUCUUCUGACGUCCGACUUCCCUCUGGGACCACAGUAUCGUGGACCUGUGAGCCAGACCCAGUCAUGGAAGGGAAAGAGGGCAGCCGAGGAGCUCACAAAGCGAAACACAGACUUCAGCUGCAACCUUUAUAGGAAGCUGGCCUCCAAUAGCCCCAACAAGAACAUCUUCUUCUCCCCCUUGAGCAUCUCUGCAGCCUUCUCCAUGCUGUCUCUGGGUGCCCAGGACUCUACCCUGGAUGAGAUCAAGAGGGGCUUCCACUUCAGGAAUAUGCCAGAGAGAGACCUUCAUGAAGGCUUUCAUUACCUCAUCUACAGGAUGAAUCAGGGGAGGCAGGACCUCGAGCUGGACCUUAAAAAUACCUUGUUCAUCGACCAGAAGCUGCAGCCACAGAAGCAGUUUCUGGCAGAUGCCAAGAACCUGUACGAUUCAGACACUGUCCCCACCAACUUCCAGAACUUGGAAGGUACUAAGAAGCAGAUCAAUGACUAUGUCAAUCAGAAAACCCAGGGGAAAAUCAACAACCUGAUCAAGAAUAUAACCCCUGGCACUGUGAUGCUUCUUACAAAUUGCAUUUUCUUUCGAGCCAGGUGGCAACAUGAAUUUGAUCCAAAAGCAACUAAAGAGGAAGACUUCGUUCUGGAUGGAAACAAGCGAGUGAAGGUGCCCAUGAUGUUCCAUGGAGGCAUGUAUGAAGCCGGCUAUGAUAGACAGCUCUCCUGCACUGUUCUGGAAAUGCCCUACCAGGGCACGAUCACUGCCACCUUCAUCCUUCCUGACGAGGGCAAAAUGAAGAAUGUGGAGGCGGCCUUGAAGAGGGACACCCUUGACAGAUGGAAGAAAUUAGUCACACGAAGGGUCGUAGACGUGUCCCUGCCCAGGUUCUCCAUCACUGGUAACUAUGACCUGAAGAAGACACUCUCCUAUCUGGGUAUCACCAAAAUCUUUGAGGAGCAUGGUGAUCUCACCCGGAUCGCCCCUCAUCGAAGCCUGAAAGUGGGUAAGGCGGUGCACAAGGCGGUGCUGAAGAUGGAUGAGAAGGGGACAGAAGGUGCGGCCGCCUCCGGAGUCCAGACGCUGCCCAUGGAGAUGCCGCUCUCCAUCAAGCUGAACAAACCCUUUCUGGUGUUUAUUAGGGAUAGCGUCCUGCCCACCAUCAUCUUCUUGGGAAAGAUUGCUAAUCCUACUGGGGAAUAAGGGGGCGUUCCAGCUCG